AUGGUGGAUAGCGUUGACGAAAUUCAGGUACCACAGAGCUCUUCCCCAAAAAAAGGGCAAGCUUCAUCGUCCUCCCCGCUGAAGAUCUCAGGGUCUAAGGACAUGUCAUUGAAAAAGUUUGCCUUCAAGCCAAACGAGCUUAAAGCUGCUACUGUCACGCAGCCGGAUGGUGCGACCGACGGCAAAGUGCAGUCGAUGGCAGAGCUGGAGAAGGAGUUUCCAGGGUUUUCCAGCACACUUAUCCAGGCUGUCGUCAAGUCCAACCUAUUCGACUUCGAGCUGGCUAGGGCAAGGUUGAGUAGAAUAAAAGCGCAGCGGGAGACUUGGUCUAAAAACUCACCGAGCCCGACACCCGUUGGUAACUCUUCUAUUAGGCCGACGCAGAGGUUUUCUGGGAUUGGGAAAACUGCUAAUGCGACCAAGUCCACCAAGAUCACCGUUGACAAACCAAAAACUUCCAUUUUUGAUAGAUACUCGUCUGUUAUGCAGGCUAGAGGCAAGGGAGCAGCGGCAAUUUUAGUUUCUGAUCUUGAAGCCAGCUUGGGGGCGAAGAGCAAAGCUGGUGCUUAUAAAAAGAGGAAGCUGGUCAGAGGGGAUGCCGUCACGCAGUUGGAUAAGGCAAGGGACAAAUUGCUUGAGAAAAGGGCCAGGAAGCUCAUGGACAAAGAGACCUCUGAUACUGAGAGUGAGGGGGAUGAGGAGGAGGAAGAGGGAGAGAACAACGAGCUUACCGAGGACGUUGAGAGUGAAGGUGAUGAGGAAUAUCAGGAUUCAGGUGUCAGUGCCAUGGAUAUCGAGGAGCAGACAUUAAAGUUUCUGAAUGAGGCCGAUCCGCUUGAUAUUGCCGAUCUGUCGGACACGACUUUCGAGAAGGCACAGAUAAUUGUAUCCAGGAGGCCCUACACUUCACUGGUGUUGUUCAACGAUAUGGAUUUCAUGACCGAGGAGGAACUACAGCAGAAAGAGGAACAGAAAGCAACAUCGCGGAGACGUAUCAAGCCCAAAAAGGAGGGGGAACGGUUUUUAGAGAAACUGGAGAUGUCCAUUAGGGGUUACAACGCCAUCGAAUCUUUGUUGAAGAAAUGUUCUUCGUACGGUACACUGAUCUCUAAGCAGAUAUCCAAAUGGGGGGCCACAGUCAACGGAUCUGAUGGGUCUGCGCAGACGGGGGAUGCUGAUCAGUUGACAGCCGGAGAAGAGGUUGAAGGUUUGCAGAUCAUGACUGUUGAUGACGACGAGGAUAAUUCUGAUGCUGUCGUCGAUGAAUUUGAUGAAGCAGAAUCAAGUGCCACACCAACAGCCCCACCAACAGGAGAGAUUAGUGAUGGCGAGGAGUCGAAUCGAAGGACAACACGCGCUAAAACUCGUGUACACGAAGACGGUGAGGCAGAGGAUGAAGAUGAUGAGUACGUGGAGAACUUUGAGGAGGUGGACGAUUCCGACGAUGAAGAGUUUGGAGUGGAUAGGAAGAAAUUCCAGGUAAACAAAAGAGGUCGCAAGGGUCUCAUAAAGUUCUUCAGGGGCAAACCAAGAUUGUUGUCUUCAGAAAUGGAGUUGAAGGAUUACCAACAAACUGGUAUCAACUGGCUGAACCUGCUCUACCACAACCAACUGUCAUGCAUCCUUGCAGACGACAUGGGUUUGGGUAAGACCUGUCAAGUUAUUUCCUUUAUUGCAUACUUGAAACAGAUCAACGAACCGGGCCCACACUUGAUUGUCGUUCCAUCCUCGACGUUAGAAAACUGGUUGAGAGAAUUCAAAAAAUUUUGCCCCGCUUUGAAAGUAGAGCCUUACUACGGGUCCCAACAGGAGAGGGCAGACCUACGUGAUAUUUUGGAGAAGGCCGAGGGUCAAUAUGAUGUUAUGGUGACCACGUACAAUUUAGCCGCCGGCAACAAGUACGACGUUUCGUUUUUAAGAAACCGUCAAUUCAACGUUGUUGUGUACGAUGAGGGCCACAUGUUGAAGAAUUCCAUGUCUGAACGGUUCAACAAGUUGAUGCGGAUUCGAGGGAAUUUCAGACUGCUGCUGACCGGUACACCAUUGCAAAACAAUCUGAAGGAGUUGAUGUCUCUUCUUGAGUUUAUCAUGCCGUCGAUCUUCAUUUCCAAGAAGGAUUCCCUAGCCGCAGUAUUCAAGCAGAAGGCGAAGACUACCGAUGACAACAAGGGCCACAACCCACUGUUGGUACAGAAUGCCAUCAAGAGGGCCAAGACGAUGAUGACUCCGUUUAUUCUGAGGAGACGCAAGGACCAAGUGCUGAAACAUCUUCCUGCAAAGCACAGUAAAGUAGUCAUUUGUGAGAUGAAUGAAACGCAGCAAGAACUGUACAACCGUGAGAUCCAGACGGUCAAGGACUGGCGUACGGGCAAGCUGACCUCGAAGGAGGUCAAGUCGAAGAAUCUGAUCAUGUCCCUCCGGAAGGCCUCCUUGCAUCCGCUUCUAUUCCGGCACAUAUAUAAAGACCGAACGAUAGACCAGAUGAGUAAAGCGAUAUUGAGGGAGCCCGCGUACGCGAAGGACGGGAACAAACAGUACAUCAUGGAGGACAUGAGUUACAUGAGCGACUACGAGUUGCACCAGUUGUGUCUCACUUUCCCGAAAACGUUGUCCAAGUACCGUCUCGAAAACGAGGAGUGGAUGGACUCCGGGAAGAUUGUUGCCCUGAGGAAGAUCCUCCACGACGUCAUCGAAGUGAAGCGAGAAAAAAUUAUCGUCUUCUCGCUAUUCACGCAGGUGCUGGACAUCCUUGAGCUGGUGCUGAACACGUUGAACUACAAGUUCCUGCGGCUGGACGGGUCCACCGCCGUGAACGACCGCCAGGGGCUCAUCGACACAUUCUACGAGGACGCGACCAUCCCAGUCUUCAUCCUCUCCACGAAAGCAGGAGGGUUCGGCAUCAACCUUGUGUGUGCGAACCACGUGGUCAUUUUUGACCAGUCCUUCAACCCUCACGAUGACCGACAAGCGGCAGACCGGUCGCACCGGGUCGGGCAAACGAAGGAGGUCACGAUCCACACACUAGUGACAAGGGACUCCAUCGAGGAGAAAAUCCACCAGCUCGCAAAGAACAAGCUCGCCCUCGACACGCAUGUCAGCGGCGCAGAUGCCGCCGCUGACCACACGGAGGCCACGAACCCAUGCUUAGAAACUGCCGUCGAGAAGGGCCUGCUGGACGACAUCAUAGCGUCUGUGUAA